CUGAGCCCCUUAAUAUACCGGUCCCUGUAGUACAUGCUGCUUAGGAUUCGGCAGAAAUGCUGCUGCAGACUGUACUGCUUUCCAAGGCACCAUGCACCCACCCACCCACUGUUACUGCUGCUGAGCCGGCAGGUGGGGGCUUCUGUGGGGGCGAGUUUCUAUACAGAAUAAAGGCCCGGAAACCUCCCUAUAGAAAUGUACAGGGAGAGAGAGUGUUCCGGCAGGGAAGGAGUUAAGCACCCUGCAGGGAGAGAGAGAGUGAGAAAGGAAGGGGGCGGGGCCGUUAGAUUUCUGGGAGGGGCCCAGGUAGGGGGAAGCCAGGUAAGCAAACAGGAUAGAGGAGCGGCCCAGGCACAGAACAAGCAGAGACAGGCGGACUGGGGGGCCCCAUCCAGAGAGACACUGUCUAUAGACUGCUCCCUGGCCCUGGGAGAGUGGAGAGUGGCCCUAACUUGGGGCCCCAGGAGAGAGUCACAUACAGAGGAGACUGGGCAGAUCUACAUGGUGCCCCCUGGCCAAGGAGGAGAGUGGCCCUAACCUGGGGCCACAGGCAGCGUUAUACAAGGAGCUUAUACUCAUUAUAUACAGAGGGAACAGUCUCUUCAUACAGAGGUCUCGCAAGUGACACCCUGGUGCGGAUAGAGAGCUCCCCCUGUCACCCCACAUCUCUGGCCACCUGGCAGCAGGUGGCGCAAUGGGCACGGAGGAGGGCACAGAUUGGCUGCUGGCGCUGUUACGGGAGGUCCAAUUGGAGCAGUUCUACUCAAAGCUUCGCGAUGGGCUGAACAUCACCCGCCCGGGUCACUUUGACUUUGUGAAACCCUUCGAUUUGGAUCAGAUCGGCAUGGGGAGACCAGGGCAGAGGCGACUGUUCGAGGCUCUGAGGCGCAGGAAACCCCCGGUGCGCCCCAAAUCCUGGAUGUACAAGGUGUUUCCCUCGAAAAAUCCAGAGUCCCCAGAGGGGCCCCAAAGCCCGGAGGUGUCCCCUUUACGGAUGGAACCCGAUAGCUCCAUGAAAUGCCUGAUUAAUGAACGUGACCUGAGCCUGUUUGAGAGAUUGGGGGACGGCUGUUUCGGGGUAGUGAGACGAGGGGAGUGGAGGGUCUCGAGUGGAAGGAGUGUGAACGUGGCGGUCAAAUAUCUGCGGUCCGACGCCUGCUCCGACCCUGAAGCCCUACAGGAUUUCCUGCAGGAAGUGAACUCCAUGUACGUGUUGGAUCAUCCCCAUCUCAUUCGCCUCUAUGGGGUGGUACUUUCCAAACCUCUCAAAAUGGUAACGGAGAUUGCCCCUCUGGGCUCCCUGCUCGAUGCCCUUCACAACAGUUAUGGCAGCUGUGGCUCUUUUUCCCUGCCCCUCCUAUGGAAGUACUCCUUGCAGAUCGCUUCCGGCAUGAAGUACUUGGAAUCCUACAAAUUCAUCCACAGAGAUCUGGCAACUCGGAACGUUCUACUGACCAGCGAGGACGUGGCCAAGAUUGGUGACUUUGGCCUGAUGAGGGCACUUGGUGGGCACAGCGACCAUUACAUCAUGUCUACUCACCGCAAAAUCCCCUUUGCAUGGUGCCCCCCGGAGAGUCUGAAGAUCGGCGCUUUCUCUAACCAGUCAGAUGUGUGGAUGUUUGGUGUGACCUUAUGGGAGAUGUUCACUUAUGGACAGGAGCCUUGGAUGGGCUUCAGUGGGAAACAGAUUUUACUGAAGAUUGACCGCGACAGAGAGACGCUGGAGCGACCGGACGAUUGCCCUCAGGCUCUCUACGAGGUAAUGAAGAAGUGCUGGAUAUACGAACCUGAUCAAAGGCCAACGUUUGCCAACCUAAUGGGCCUCCUCAGCGCGGCGCGCCCCCAAGAGGUCAGAAUUCAACGUGAUUUCAAUGACCCUAGCUGUCUCCAACUGGAAAGUGGCGAUGUGGUCACUGUUAUUGAAGCGGGGUCAGAUAUGCCCCUCUGGAGGGGGCAGAACAAGCGGACACUUAAGGUGGGGCGAUUCCCUGCAUCCAUUGUCGUUACGCGGGAUUUACCCCAGUUUCAGGUGUCUGGGAGACAGUCUACCAGCCUAAUGCAGCUGCCGGGCAUUGAGGGGGAGUCGGAGAAUGAUAGGAGGAACCGAAUCAAGGACAAAGGUAGAAAAGCAGAUAGAAGCAAUCUGUUGGGUAUGCAACGAAUCUCCAAAAGUCUUGAAUCUAUCUCUGAGCCCUGUGUCCCAGCCAACAGGCAACAGCCGCCAAUGAGGAACCGCGCCCAUGAUCUGGAGAGCCAUCCCACCAACGCAUCCCCCCGGAGAAUUAGUGACAUCCCCCAGAUCCGAAACUUUGCCAUCAUGCGACCUCCUGUGUUCCCCAAACCCAAGCGACCUGCUUCCAAGGAGAGAUUUAUCCCGUCCCCUAAUGCUGAUUUUCCUGCUCAGUCGGUUGGCGGUGGUGUCCCUCGGCAGAGUCCAGGAGGAACGGGGCCAGAGGGAGAUGCUGGAGGGAAGGCCCUUAGGACUUCUGUGGAAAAUGAGCUGCAGAGAAAGAUCAAAGAGGUAGAGGAACGGGUCCAUGGAGUGACCACGGAGGAGUGCCGCGAGGCGUUGAGCAAUAGUUCUGGCAAUGUUCCCCGUGCUAUCCAAGCACUCAAGAUGGAGCAGUUAUACAACGUGGGCAGGAACAGUAAGGAAGAUUGUCGACGGAUCCUGGAGAAGUGUCAAUGGGACCUGGAGGCCGCCUCCCGCUACGUGUUGCGAAAAACCAACAUUUCAUGAUGAGCAUUUUUUUCUUGAUGGCAAAUCACUUGACUUGGGUGCCGACACAGUGGGGCGAGUGGCAAGGCUAUUGCCAAACAUAAGAGUCCUGAGUAAGUGGCGCCCUCCUUAGGAAGCUUGACAUUGGGGAGAUGUUUCUGCAGGAAAAAAUAAGCCUCUGGUUGGCCAACCCUAAUAAUACCAAUGGUCACCAUGAAUGGACAUUUAUUAUGAAAAGAACAUGGAGAACCAGAUGCCAUGAUACACACUGGCGCAAAUCUACCUCUAAAACAGAAUCAUCAGCUUGCGAGUGACGAGAAACUGGGCAUAUUGGCAUAGACAUGGCCUGAGCUGGCAUAGACAAGGCCUGAGCUGGCAUAGACAAGGCCUGAGCUGGCAUAAACAUGGCCUGAGCUGGCAUAGACAUGGCCUGAGCUGGCAUAAACAUGGCCUGAGCUGGCAUAAACAUGGCCUGAGCUUCCAUAGACAUGACCUGCCUGGCAUAAACAUGACCUGAGCUUCCAUAGACGUGAAAUGAGCUGGCAUAGACAUGACCUCAACGUUUGCCUUCCUUGGUGCACCAUCAUCUGGGAACCCAGUUGUGCCCGUAGUUUUCUUUUAUAUCCUACUUUUGGCCAAUGGCUGAGACGAUUCCUUUACCUUGAGACAAUGGGCCCCACGCUGGGACUAUCAGGAUGGGAUGAGCCGCCAUAUUGGUUGGGGCACGUGGAACUGAUAUUUUUUUCAUUCUGUGGAUUUGAGACCAGAUGUGCCAAGUUCAUUCUUCUGCUACAGUGUUAGAGGCCUGGCACCACCAAGGAGAAGCUAAUAAACCUUCAUGGUGGACCAGCAUGGACGCCCCCAUAAGGACAUCACACCAUGGGAUUAUUAGGGGUGAAAUCUCAUUUUGUAUUUGGUGUUAAACUUUUUAUACAAUUAUUAAACACUAAUACAAAGGCCAAUAUACUCAGGACUCUUUCCAGUGAUGUUCCUCAUCCAUUUCAGCCUUGGGUGGAGCUUUAAUAUGUAUCUCUGUGCCGGUGCUGUUAGUCAGUUGGCUGGGGGUGUCUCACUUUGCCUGCACUUCUUCUCAAGGUGGGUCAGUCUUGGGUGGGGACCAUGUUGGACCCUUUUGCUUUCCUCAGAAACACAAAAUGAACGAGUUUGUUUUGGAACAGAUGGACAUGGCUGGAGAUUCAUCUUGGUGCCAUGUUGCUGGAAGAGGCUCUCCAAAGGAAAUCCUCUCUGCCUACGCGGAACCACUACUUGCCCCUCUGGUUCUAUCUGCUCCUCAGCUAUUUGGGCCAAACCUCGUUUCCCAAACUGGAGCAGGGUCAUUUUGGCUGAAGAUGGAGCAGUUCUCCUUUGGAGACGCCUUGACAACCUCAAGAUUUCAGAGGGCACCCGUCUCAGCGGGCACACAUCUCAGUGGGCACACAUCUCAGUAGGCACCUGUCUCAGGGGACACACGUCUUGGGGCACCCGUCUUAGGGGACACCUGUCUCUGGGCACACGUCUCAGGGGGGCACCUGUCUCAGCGGGCACCUGUCUCAGGGGACACACAUCUCAGGGGGCACCCGACUCAGCGGGCACCCGUGUCACGUCUCAGGGGAGACACGUCUCAGCAGGCACACAUCUCAGGGGGCACUCUCUUGGGGCACACGUCUCAGCGGGCACAUGUCUCAGGGGACACCCUUCUCAGGGGGCACCCGUCUCUGGGGACACCCUUCUCAGCGGGCACCCGUCUCUGAGGACACCCUUCUCAGCGGGCACCCGUCUCUGAGGACACCCUUCUCAGCGGGCACCCGUCUCUGAGGACACACGUCUCAGGAGGCACCCGUGUCAUGUCUCAGUGGGCACCCGUCUCAGCGGGCACCCGUCUCAGCGGGCACCCGUCUCAGCGGGCACCCGUCUCAGCGGGCACCCGUCUCUGGGGACACACGUCUCAGGAGGCACCCGUGUCAUGUCUCAGCGGGCACAGGUCUCAGGGGGCACAGGUCUCAGGGGGCACCCGUCUCAGGGGACACACGUCUCAGGAGGCACCCGUCUCUGGGGACACACGUCUCAGGAGGCACCCGUGUCAUGUCUCAGUGGGCACCCAUCUCAGCGGGCACUGUCUCGGGGCACAGGUCUCAGGGGGCACUGUCUCGGGGCACAGGUCUCAGGGGGCACCCGUCUCAGCGGGAACUGUCUUGGGGCACCCAUCUCAGCGGCACAGGCAAAGAGCAAGUGAGGCUGAUUCCAGAGAAUGGAGAUGUGCUGCCAUCUAGUGCCCAGGGAGCCCUGCAGGGGGCAUCAUGGAGGCACCUUGGCACAUUUACAUUUUUAUACAACCGAUUACUGAGAGCUAAUUACGCUGCCCCGUUGCUGGCGCCAUAUAUAUAUAUAUAUAUAUAUCGUAUAUUGGUAUUAUUUUUUUUUUACUAUAAUACUUACUUAUAAUAAUUUUACCUCUAUAAAGUGGAGGGGGCGGGGCUAAUACCUACUUGGUUCCACCCCAGCUGCCCGCCCACUUCGCUAAAUGACGAUCAAAUGCUACGACCCAAAUUCAGGGACCCUCUAUAGUAACAAGAGUUCUGCUCCGUUACCCGCGGGGGCACCGCGCCCCCCGACAUUUGUGUAUAUUUGUAUCUAUAUUUAUAUAUCUUUGUUUUAUAAAAUAGAAUAACCGAUACCGUGCGUGUCUAUAUACCUGUCAGAUCAAUAUAAACUGUACUUGGUGAUGUCAUCGGUUAUAAAUGGUGAUUAGUGAUGUCACAGAGGCUUGUGUACCCCUGAUAUCCUUAUCAUUGACACUAGGGGGUUCAUUUGUUCCCAGUAUGAGUGGGAAGUGAUAUUGAUGCUGUAUAUACGGAUUAAUGUAUUAAUAAGGGGAGGAGUCACACUGACCCUGUGAUAUUGUAUAUAAUAUUGGGGCGGUACCUGUAUUAUUGGGGCGCAGAGCUUUUUAUGAGCAAACUGGUUCCUGAAUGUAAAAUCAUUUUGCUACAAUUAUUCCUUUGUAUUAAACGGACGGGCACUUCCUGCUCUUAA